CAUUCUGGAGCCAGUUUCCACCCAGUCCUUCUCACCACCUCUCCCACCACACUGCUCUUCUCCACUCAGUGUUAUUACUCCACAUCCACAGGCCAUCACUAGCAGACCUCUUGGGUGGUUUCCAAGACCCCAGCUUGGCCUUCAAGACACUUAACCAUACCAGGGUCUUCCUCCAGGAGCUCACCAGAAUAUAACUGGAUAACUUGCCUGCUGCCAGCACCUCCAGGCCUCUAGAGGUUGUGGCACCACAGCCUGCACAGCCCCUCAAAUCCCCAACAAGAACAAGAACACAACAGGGUAGUGGGAGUGAUGGCUUCAAGACACACUGUCACUGUACAGGGCAGCUGUUACUCUUGUAUAUCAUGUGCUGCUUACAAGACUGUGCCUAAAAAUCUGAGAGGAAAAAGUAAAAGCUCACAGGACUGGUUGACGAGACAGCUAAAUGACCCUUAUGUGAAGUUGACCAAGCAACAUCAGCGCAGGCAUUGUCCAUGAUGCUUCCUGUGUUGUGGUUCCAUCAUGGCAGGCAUGGAAGUGCCUCUCACUGCAUCACUGCCUCAUGAUCAUUGAGAGCAUGGACACAGACACUGAGGCCCUAGUGGGUACGUGGACCUCCUCAAUGGACAGAUGGACAGAGGCUGGUGUGCUGGCUACAUGUAUCAGGAGCAAAUCUCAACCUUCUUCUCCGUUGUGGCAACAGGGAUGACAUAUGAGAUGGCCAUGACCAGCAUGCCCCUUCAGGUGCUGCGUCUGCACCUGCCACACAGUCCAUCCUCUGAAGCCGUUGUCCUGCUCAUCUUCCCAAAGCCUCAGCGUUAUGACACCUAUGUGGAUGGUGUCUUUGUUCCCCCAGCCAACCUCAACACCUCUGCAGCCGGCUACAAGCUGUUGCCUGAGAACCCCACCCAUCCUCAGGCUUUCCUUCCCAUGUUGGACAAUGCAAUGGGGACCAGCUUCUUCCAGCGCAGUGCUAAGUUGGUCCGUGUGGUGCUGUGCGAAGGCCACAUCCUUGACAUCAAGACCACACCCAUGAUCACCCUCACCAGUGGCCUCAUGGUGAAGGAAGAUGAGUUUUGUGAGCAGAACGUGGUGUUGAAUCUGGCCAGCCUGUUUGAGGUAUCCCCAGACAACAUCAGGGUCAUCAGUGUUAUGCAGGAGCUCUCCAAGAGACAGCAGGGAAGGCUGGAGGUGGGCACAGUGAGGAUGCAUGUUGGGUCUGGUCUGUGUUGAGUCUGACUGUGGU